CGACCCAGGGUCAGCACCAUUCCAGUUAGAAAGCCUUCGUUCAGCGUAUAGGCUUUUUUGCCUUCCGGAAUCUCCAUGCUUUUUCACCCGACUCCCGUUCGACUCCCUCUUGUACGAACUGGCAGCCCACGGCAUACUACACAAGACUUCAUGUGGACAAGACCACCUUUACCUGAACUUGCUCGUUGAGCAUUUUCUGUCCGGCAUGUGUUCGUCGCUCAAUGGACCUUCAUGUCGGUCGUACGUUCAGGCACGUCAUACUGGCCGUGUUCGGGCGCCUGCAUUCUUUCUGUCCGUUUUGCGGUACACCAAUCUGUUGACCGUUUUGCCUUCGUCCACGCUAUUACCUUUUUGGCGCUUCUUGGCACCGUCCACGCGCGAGAACAAACGGGAACGCGCAAUCGACGGUUUGGCACAGCAGUUGAUGCUUGUUCGUUAUCUUUCGUACAAGGGACCAGUCACCUACAUGGCGGCCGUUUUUGAUAGUCACUUUGAGACGUUGCCUAGGAAGGGUCUUCUUAGAAUGGCGGAUGCGCACGGUCUCUCAGCACGUAGUGCCCAUUUGACGCUUGAUGAUUUGAGGGAUACCCUCAGCGACCACAUUUUUGGUGGCGGUUGCGCCGCAUGGCUAUCUCAUUCUAUCGCUAACAUACCUGUGGGCUGUUUGGACUGUUUACAGGAGUUUGUUUUUUCUGAUAAGGUUAGGAGUCGAAACAGGUGGUCAUCAUCAUCAUCAUCAUCAUUACACGGCACGAGUUCUGGUUCGGACCUUGCAGUUGUCGUAGUUAACAAUACGAAUGGUACACGUCGAUCUUUCGGUGCAAGCCUCUAUAUAUUCGCACGCGUCUUCAAGUGAAUGUCCUGCUCUCUCUCUCUCUUUGUACGCUAUGUUGAAUGUCGUUUCUUCGGAGGGUGGACCUGUCCAUUCUUGCUUCACCCAGCAUGAUUCGUCUUUUGUGUCCACGAGUUGGCUACGUCAGCGUGGUUUGCUUGAUAACGUGCAGCACAAUCUGCUAUUGCAGUGAUAGUAUUGGCCCUGCGGGAUCGUUCGUCUUUCUAAUGCCCUUCGAGCCUGUCGAACUCUCUUCUUUCGAUGUAUCUCUCGGCAGGGAUGUGUUCACUUAUUACAAUGAGGUACUUGCUUCUACGGGUGUGACUAUUGGUACGUGUAUAUUGUUGAUUUUUGUUCAACUUAGGACUAACCAGCAUUUAUUAGAUUCGGAACAACGUGCUGACGAUAUGGACGUGGAUGUUACAUCACCUUUUAUUAGCCCGAAUGAUGACCCCGGCGAGGU